GGGACGAGUUUGAUGUGAUUAUGAUGAGUUCAAGAUGGCGUGAAUUAUCUCAGUUCGUCUUUCGACUGUCUGUUCCUUGCAUAAAAAAAAUACAUGAAGUAAUCACACUAUGAAACAUAGCAUAAUUGUUCGUUGAAAGGCUGGGUAAAGUAGCAGCGAAUCCGAUGGACCAUGUCGAUCAUCCUAGUAAUGGAGCGUCCAGCGACUCAGAGGGUGCCAGCAUACGACCACCAACGAAGCGAGUCAAGUCCAAGUCCAGGGUAUGGGAGAAGGUGGCUUGGUUCACGCGCCGGCCACGCAGAGAGCCCGAGACCGAGUCUGCCUUGACAGGAGAAGAUGGUGGGGCUGCAUGCCUGCCCUUGGACGUGAUGGACAUUGAUGACGUCCCGUCGUCCAGCUCCAGUCAUUCUCCAAACAUAAGCCAACCACUGUCAGAAUACAGCUCCUCAAGCGAGAGCGACAUGCCAACCUACGGAGACCCUUCCAGGGAUCCUGACAGCAGUCAGGUGGUCUACCAGAACUGCGUCCGACCGAGCCUGGUGAAGGCCAUGUUUGGCAAGAACGAGGGCAGGGGACGUGACCGGAAGGUACACUUGCAGAGCCACCUCAAGAAGGAGAAGAAGUGCAUCAGGAAGUCCUUGCAAGAAAGCAGUGACGACGGAGACGACUUUUGGACGAGCAGGAGCCCCUAUCUGGAUGAGGAGUCGAACCUGGGGGAGAGUAAGCAAACCACAGAAGAGUGGGACAUGAGGACACUCCAGUGUCAUUGCCCAGCCUGCUGCUCCUGUCGUAACAGCAAGUCGGACAUCACUUUUGCCAGCUGGCCCCGUAAGCGUGCCUGCCCCCUGCAGUUGAGCUUACGGAUGGGCAAGGCUAAACUGCCAAUGGCUGUUCAGUUAGCGUCGCAAGCUCAGGCAAGCUCCAAGCAGGAAUUGACGGGCAGAAAGCACCACUCGCACUGCAACUUGAACAAAGAAUCCUCUUCCCCUUCAUCCAGUGCUCGGCUUCUUGAAAGAAAACGAAACCAGUCCUCGACAGACAACCCCCUACCCUCUGAGUCUUUAUCGUGUUGCUGCCGUCGCACAGCUGAUCACCAGAAGUCAAGGAGUCUCCCGGCUUGUGUUUCCCUCAGCUCCCCAAGUCUGAAUCCACAGGUCACCAUCUCACAGCCAUCCUCCCCAGAUCAUCUGGCAGUCUGCAGGAAACGAGACAUCCGCAUCGCCAAGAACCAUCGGCCAGGGUCCCCAGGAGCAAAGAGCUCAUCCUGUGAGGUUCAGAUGAGGCAGAGAGGCUGUAAAGUCAAACCUCACAGUUGCCACUUGGGAGUUGAGGGAGCUGUCUUCAAACACAGAAUGGAGAUGAUCCAGAUGUGGUUUCAGGAAUUCAACGACCAGCAAAAGAACACCAUGAUGAAACGCCUCCUGGAGCAGUGCGAUCUUCCACAAAUGCACAUGCUGUCCGUUACCAUGGCGCCCAUUUUGCAUCAAAGCUGCCCGCACAAUUGCCAAGAUCUGUUGUCGUGGUUACCAGCCCAACUCUCCCUCCGUAUUCUGGCCUACUUGGACCCAGUAAGCCUAUGUAGGUGUGCGUGUGUCAGCCGUGCAUGGUAUGAGCUAGCCAAUGAGCCCACGUUAUGGCGUAGCUUGUGUCGACUUCCCAAGUGGGCCCUGCCAAAGGCCGAGGAGCAGAAACAGAUGAUCAACCACAUCUCCUCCUAUAUCCAUUGGAAGCAGGCCUUUGCUGAACGCUAUCGGCUGAGACGCAAUUGGCUGAAGGGUCUAUGUUCCGUCCGCACGUUUGAAGGCCACACACAAGGCAUAUCGUGUGUGCAGUUUGACGACACUCGAAUUGUCAGCGGCUCAUCGGAUAAUACAAUCAAGGUAUGGAACAUCCGCACCAAUUCCCCCUGGUCAGUACAGACUCUAGUUGGUCACUCAGGCACAGUGAGAUGUCUCCAUCUUCAAGGCAGUCAGCUAGUAUCAGGCUCCACGGAUCGCACCAUCAAGGUAUGGGAUCUGUCCAUGCAGAACAGCUGGUCAAGCAUAGCGUGUCGGGUGACCAUGACGGGACAUCAAGACACGGUCCGAUGCUUACAGGUGGACGAUGAGAAGGUGGUCAGUGGCUCCUAUGACAAAACACUCAAAGUGUGGGACAUCAGAACGGGAGUCUGCCGACAUACGCUCAGGGGCCACACAGGCGCUGUUUUGUGUCUGCAAUUUGAUACCACAAAAAUAGUCUCAGGAUCAGCAGAUAAAACAAUCAAGAUUUGGAGUCUUGCCACGGGUUCUUGCCUGCGUUCUCUAGAGGGCCACCGCGAUGCAGUGACAUGUCUGCAGUUUGACGCCAGCAAAAUCAUCAGCGGCUCGCUGGAUAGGAAUCUCAAGUUUUGGGAGCUGACCACGGGGCUCUGCACCAGUACUAUAGACUGGGCCCACUCAGAGGGACACACGGGCGUUGUUAGAUGUCUGCAAGCAGAUUCCUGGCGUGUCGUCAGCGCGGCCGACGACCGCACCCUCAAAGUCUGGAACCUGGAAACCGGCGAGCGACUAGUCACCCUACGCCACCACACCGACGGAGUCACCUGUCUACAGUUCAACAACUCCAAGAUUGUCUCGGGAUCUUACGACAAGACGGUGCGCCUGUGGGACUUCAGCUCCGUCUAGUCGAUCAUGGUACUUCAGUUGACCUCAUGAAUAUUCAAGAACCAGAUUUCGGUCAAAUAGUGACCAGCAAAAUGAAGCACGUCUUGCAAUUUGGAUUCGUUAGACAUGCUUUUGUAACUUUUGACUGUAUGAUUGAUUGCACUGAACUUCUGAAUCAAUGUGGAAUAUAUUGAGUAAUAAAUAAGACUCCAGUGCAGGUUGGGUAUCAGCAAGUUAUUGGGUAGCUACAGUUGGUUGAAUUUUCCACGGGUUGUUCAGUAUCCACAAGUGUCAUGUCUACAUGUUGGAUAUUCACUGGUCUUUCAAUACCCACAAGUUAUUCAGUGUCCAUAUGUGAUCAGUAUCCACAAAUUGGUUAGUGGACACGGGCUGUUGAAUAUCCACAGGUUGUUCAGUAUCCACAGUGUCAUGUCUAGGUGAUGGAUACUCACAGGUCUUUCAGUACCCACAAGUUGUUCUGGGUCCGUAUGUGAUCAGUAUCCACAAAUUAGUCAGUGGAUACGCGGGCUGUUCAAUAUCCACAGGUUGUUCAGUAUCCACAGUGUCAUGUCUACAUGUUGGAUACUCACAGGUCUUUCAAUACCCACAAGUUAUUCAGUGUCCAUAUGUGAUCAGUAUCCACAAAUUGGUUAGUGGACACGGGCUGUUGAAUAUCCACUAGUUGUUCAGUAUCCACAGUGUCAUGUCUACAUGUUGGAUACUCGCAGAUCUUUCAGUACCCACAAGUUGUUCAGGGUCCAUAUGUGAUCAGUAUCCACAAAUUGGUUAGUGGACACGGGCUGUUGGAUAUCCACUAGUUGUUCAGUAUCCACAAUGUCAUGUCUACAUGUUGGAUACUCACACAGGUCUUUCAGUACCCACAAGUUGUUCAGGGUCCAUAUGUGAUCAGUAUCCACAAAUUAGUCAGUGGACACAGUUUGUUCAGUGGACACAGUUUGUUCAGUAUCCACAUGUUGUUCAGUAUCCACAGCUUGCUUGGUGUCUACAUGUUGAAUAUUCACAGGUCAUUCAGUAUCCACUAAUUGUUCAAUGUACAGGUUGUUCGAUGUCUACAUGUACAUGUUGAAUGUUAACAUAUUAUCUACAUGUUGUUCAUUGUCAAUAGAUUGUUGAAUGUCCACAGCUUAUUGUCCAUAUGUUGUUCAAUAUCUAUAGGUUUUACGUUGUCCACAAAUUGGUCAAUGUCCACAAACUGGUUGUUCAGUAUCCAUAGGUCGGUUGACGUCUACAUGUUGAAUAUUCGGCAGGUUAUUCAGUAUCUACAAGUUGUUUAGUGUCCGUAGGUUGUUCAUUAUCCACAUAUUGCUCAGUACCGUACGUUGUAUCCACAGUGUUGGUCUGUCUCAAAAUGGGUGUUACAUGCAUAUUUGGUAAAUAUCCACAGGUUGUUCAUUUUCCACAAAUUGUUCCAUAAUUUCAAUUCCCCUGCCCAAUUUGUUUUGGUUUGUACUUUGCAGUACUUCCUUAGACUUGAUUUUGAAGUAUUAGGGUCUGUAAGCAGUAUUAAACGGGGAGGGAAUGGCAGAGUGUCAAAAAAAUAUGAGGAUUACUGUUUUGGGCUAUAAAGGACUGUCAAUUAGCAGAGAUCUGAAAUGACUGUCUGUAAUAAUUGGCACACUUACAUAUUUGUUAAAGGGAAUAUACAACAUUUGCAAACAUCGAAAAACAAAACUAACCAAUUUUUACGAAAUGCCUUACU